UUAAAGAUUCCAGUGGUCGCAGGAUGUGCAACUGGCCACCAAAAUCAGCAAGCUUCAUUAUUAAACACCAGAUUCCUCAUGGCCCAUGCAUCCAGUUUGCCUGCACAAGUCAUUAAGUAAGUGCAAUUUUUUAAUUCAUAAUGAAUUUAUAUCAGAAAGAAAAUUUAUGAAGCGUGUGAGCAUUGUGAAAAUGACUGCUAUACCAUUAUGUACUGCAGGAAAAAGGAAGGAGAUAAAAAGAUGAUGUCUGGACUGUUGGAACACUGUAGCAGGUACUGUAACUUUGGUUAUUAUGCUGCACUAUAAAAGUGUAGUAUUGUUAAAGGGAAAUGUAUGAUAUACUUUUGGUCUGGAUUGGUGAAAUUUAAUUUGGCUACUUUUUAAUAUUUCCAUGAAGGUAACUACCAAGCAGCUAGCCAAAUCUGCGAGAGACUGAAAGAAAUGUCGCAGGUGGAGAGUGAUGACACAAAUACUCCCAAUCAAACAAAAAGGCCACGGAUAACUCCGAUUAGAUUUCGGGAUGCACAGCUAACAGACAUCGAAGGAGAGAAGAAUGCCGAGGAAUCACUAUGUGAUGACCAUUCAAUGCAGCAGUGUCCACCACCAUUGCCAUACUCUCUGCCGCCAGUAGUUGUCAGCCCUAGGGUGUCCCCAAGUAGCAGCUAUCGACAAAGUACUAUUUCACCUUUGCCUUCACAUCUCCAACACUCAUUCUCAGGUUUUCGUCCUGCCAGCAUAGGGACCCAAAACCCCUUGGAAGGUAAUUUGAAGUCAUUUUGUUUAUAAUCAUUUUAAAAGUUUGUUUUUUCUUACCCUCGGCCAAGACUUAUUAACAGUGUUUUUGUGAAAUAUAGCCAGAAGUGGAAAAUCUCAGCCUUCUUUUGCCAUAGUGAAAACAAAAAAUUGAAAUACAUAUGGAUCAGAUAUCAAAUAGAUAUAUGACAAAUGGGAAAAGCAACCAAGAGUAGUGAUAUUUUCCAGGCAUUGGGAAUUAUAGCGAAGCCAGCAAAGAUCACAUCUUAUAUGUUUUCUGCUAUUGUGUUCGUUGGUUCCAGCUCAACUAGAGAAACUUGGGAAAGCAGCAGCUGUCUCUUGUGGAAGAGAUGAGAGAUGAUAUAAAAUAUGUGAAAAGGAGGCUCGCAAGGAUGGAGAAACAACACCAGGAAAAGGAGGUGACAGGAGGAAAACUGCAAGAGGGGUUCCAGUUUCCCUUACAAUCUUCAGAGGAUGUUGACCGUCUGGAGUGGGAUUGGAAGACUGACCCAGGAAAACGGACACACUCAGAAUGCCAUUUGGCAAUGGGUGGAAUAUUCACUUUAAAGCACGUGGUGAGGAGCACACUAUCUGUGCUAUUUUCAACUGACUCAGCCCAGUGUUACAGCUUCAAUGGUCUGAAAGAGAAGAAGGGACUCAAGAACCACUCCUUUACUUUACAAACAGUUCAGGAUGCUGCAAGAAAAAGUUAUCCUGAAGCUACAUAUGCUGACCUGCAGGUGCAUACAUCAAUUUGGUUAACUGGUGCUCGGGAUUGAGAGAAUAGCAGAAGGGAAGGGGCUGAGCACAGCCUGUACAAGUCAGUAAAUUGUUAUGGGGUGGACGACGAGUAAAGCUGUACAACUUUAUCUGCAGAAAAAAAACUGUUAGGUUUCGCGAGAUUUUUUUUGUAUCAGCUAUUUAUAAAAGUACAAGCUUUAAAUUUGCAUAUGUUU